UCUGUAUCUGCUGUGAACGCCGAGCACGACCGACGUAUCUCAAUUCUCUUUCUAAAAACGACUAAGACAAGACUACCGCGACGAGGAAAAGUUCAUAUAUUUUAACCCUCUGUAUGCCUGUGGUCUAUAAUACUCAGCUGAGAAGGAACAAGAAGUAAAUAGCGAAACGUCCGUGUCGUCGUCGUGUCGGAUGGUGUUGUCGUCACGUUCUAGUGUACGCGCUCUAAAACUUUUUUUAAUUCAUUAAAAAAAUGUUUUAUUGGUUUUUGAACUUAUACUAGAAAUAUGUUAUAAAAGUAUCAACGAUAAAACAUUUAUAUAUUAUAUAUCUCCUAUUAGAAUAAUUCAAGUGUGCGCUUUAAAAAAAAAAGAAAAAUCAAAGUUAAUAAUAAAUGCAUUAUACAAGUGGCAAAUAUGUUUUUUUUCGCAGUGAAUAAUAAAUAAAUAUUACCUAACAAGAAAAUAAAAAUCUUUUUUUUUCUUCUCCGAAACGAUAUUAUACUCAAUAGCCAUACAACACGGCACAGCACAGAUACAAAGUUAAUAAUUUAUUGUUUAUUUAUAGAAAACAAAUUGAAAAAUUAUUAUUGAAUUGAAUAAAACAAAAAAGAAAAAUCUAUAUAAUUUAUUCAUUGGAUCUCCGAGUAGAGAUAUAGCCAUUUCGAAAAAAAAAUAUUAAAGUGUUUUUUAAAGGAAACAUAAAUCGCGUGUUUAAUUUUUUGUGUACCUACUUUACCUACAUAAUAUAUCAUCAAAGUCCAAAGGCAGUGUGACGAGAGAAAGCCUAAGAACAAGAACAACAACAAUAACAACAACAACAAUAAAAUAAAGGACAAUGCCUGUAAAAAAGCAAGAAGCUCACCGUGCCCUUGAACUGCUGGAAGACUAUCACUCAAGAUUAUCUGAGCCCCAGGAUCGAGCCUUACGUAUUGCCAUCGAGCGCGUAAUACGAAUUUUCAAAUCACGCUUAUUUCAAGCGCUCUUAGAUAUACAAGAAUUCUAUGAAUUAACUCUAUUGGACGACUCGAAGACAGUUCAACAAAAGACCGCAGAAACAUUACAAAUAGCUAGUAAAUGGGAACAAGAAGGUCACUCAAUUAAAUUGUCAGACUUAAUUAAGAUUUCUUCGAAUAUCAGCCGAAAUUGUGAGAUAAAUUCGGCAAGGAACGAAGAACAACUUUUGCAAAAUCAAAGAUUCAAAGUCGAAGGCGAAUCUGAGCUUCCAAAAACAGAUGGACACUACCAACAAUCAUCUCCAGCCCAACCUCAUUCACCCGAACCCACAGCCAAUAAUGUACAGCAGACACCACUAGAGUCGCAUCAUGCUGAGCAAGCUGCGCAUUCGACAUCCACACACAAGGUUAAUGGCGAGGACAGCUGGAUAUAUGAGGACAUUCAACUGGAACGAGGCAAUUCUGGCCUGGGAUUCUCUAUUGCUGGCGGAACAGACAAUCCGCACAUCGGUACAGAUACAUCAAUAUACAUAACAAAAUUAAUACCGGGUGGAGCUGCGGCUGCUGAUGGACGACUUGGUGUCAAUGAUAUUAUUGUAUCGGUUAACGAUGUAUCUGUUGUAGAUGUGCCGCAUGCAGGUGCAGUUGAUGCCUUGAAAAGAGCUGGCAAUCAUGUCAAAUUGCAUGUUAAACGUAAAAGACCUGCAAACUCGAGUGCACUAGCUGGUGCUGGUGAUACUUCGACUUUAAAUACUGGCACUGGUGCUGUUGCCAGUACGGGUCCACAAGUUAUUGAAAUAGAUUUGGUCAAAGGUGGCAAAGGUCUAGGAUUUUCAAUUGCAGGCGGCAUUGGCAAUCAACAUAUACCAGGCGAUAAUGGUAUAUAUGUAACGAAAAUAAUGGAAGGUGGAGCGGCGCAUGUCGAUGGUCGUCUUAAUAUUGGCGACAAGUUGAUUGCUGUACGGCACAAUGCGUCGGAAAAGAAUUUGGAAAAUGUUACACAUGAACAUGCAGUUGCCACACUUAAAUCGAUAACUGAUAAAGUGACAUUGGUUGUUGGGAAGACGCAGCAUUUAGUUAGUUCGUCAUUUAAUCAAGUCAAUUCGCAUUCAACAGGUGCGAUCAAUAAUGUCGGACAAAGUGUUGUAGAUUUCGGCCGAUCACCUUCACCUGCCCCAGCUACAUCAAGAUCCCAUUCACCUUUGCCUCAACCUGCAUCAAGGUAUGCAUCAUCGAAUGUUUUGGCAGCUGUACCGCCAGGUACUCCUCGUGCUGUAAGCACAGAAGACAUAACCAGAGAGGCGCGUACGAUAACUAUACAAAAGGGCCCUCAAGGACUGGGCUUUAAUAUUGUUGGAGGCGAAGAUGGACAAGGAAUUUAUGUGUCAUUCAUUUUGGCUGGUGGGCCAGCUGAUUUGGGUGGUGAAUUGAAACGUGGUGACCAAUUGAUUAGUGUGAAUAAUGUUAAUCUUAAAAAUGCCACACACGAAGAAGCUGCUCAAGCGCUUAAAAACUCUGGUGGUGUUGUAACUCUAGUUGCCCAAUAUCGACCAGAAGACUAUAACCGCUUUGAAGCUCGCAUACAUGAACUCAAACAACAAGCUGCUCUCUCAUCUGGUACUGGUACUCUGCUUCGUACGUCACAAAAGCGCUCCCUCUAUGUACGCGCUCUAUUUGACUACGAUCCAAAUCGAGAUGACGGCUUACCAUCACGAGGUCUUCCAUUCAAACAUGGAGACAUAUUGCAUGUUACAAAUGCCUCUGACGAUGAAUGGUGGCAAGCUCGCCGUGUCCUUGGUGAUAGUGAAGAUGAAGUUAUUGGCAUUGUACCAUCAAAACGUCGAUGGGAAAGAAAAAUGCGUGCCAGAGAUCGUAGUGUUAAAUUCCAAGGACAUGCUGCCAAUAACAACAUGGACAAGCAAUCAACUUUGGAUCGAAAAAAGAAGAAUUUUACAUUUUCACGAAGAUUUCCAUUUAUGAAAAGUCGCGAUGAUAAAAAUGAAGAUGGCAGUGAUCAAGAGCCUAAUGGAGUCGUAAAUAGCGAAAACGACAAUAUGAACAAUAACGAUUGCAACGAACAACAACCUUUUAUGCUUUGCUACACACAAGACGAUGCCAAUGCUGAAGGAGGCGAGAUUAUCUACAGAGUGGAGUUGCCUGAUAUGGAGCAGAUAACACUUAUCUACUUGGAGAAUAGUGAUGCUGACUAUCCAUCCGAAGAGAAUGUUCUUUCUUAUGAAGCUGUCCAAAGGCUUUCAAUCAACUACACUAGACCAGUCAUUAUCUUGGGCCCACUUAAAGAUCGCAUAAAUGAUGACCUUAUUUCAGAAUAUCCUGAGAAAUUUGGAUCCUGUGUGCCACAUACUACAAGGCCAAAACGAGAUUAUGAAGUAGAUGGCAGAGAUUAUCAUUUUGUAUCAUCAAGGGAACAAAUGGAACGUGACAUUCAAAACCACCUAUUCAUUGAGGCUGGCCAAUAUAAUGAUAAUUUGUAUGGAACAUCGGUGGCCAGUGUUAGGGAUGUGGCCGAAAAGGGCAAACAUUGUAUUCUUGAUGUAUCGGGCAAUGCAAUUAAACGAUUACAAGUAGCUCAAUUAUAUCCAGUAGCCGUUUUCAUAAAACCAAAAUCUGUUGAUUCGGUGAUGGAAAUGAAUCGGCGAAUGACUGAGGAACAAGCGAAAAAAACCUACGAACGAGCCAUUAAGAUGGAACAGGAAUUCGGCGAAUACUUCACAGGGGUUGUUCAAGGCGACACCAUAGAGGAAAUCUAUAGCAAAGUAAAACAAACAAUCUGGGCACAAGCUGGCCCAACUAUAUGGGUACCAUCGAAGGAAUCUCUAUGACCAACAGCCACAACGACAUGGACACUGCCGCCUCGAGUACGUGUUCGACCAGUCUCGAGAAACACAAAUCAGCAUCACUGAUUUGUUUAAAAUUAAUUUUUACAUUAAAAUAACUAAAACAAAACAAAAAGAAAAAAAAAAAACAAACAAAAAAAAAAGAAACAAAAACAAAAAAAAAACUUUUAUCUUUAUCGUUAUUAAUUAUUAAUUAUUACCAUUAAUUAUGAUUGUCUUAUUAUUUAAACAAAAAAAAAAUAGUAAUUUAACUUUACUAUAUAGUUUUUAUUAUUAUUAAUUAUUAUUAUUAUUCUUUACGACCAUACAAGAGAGAGCGAAACUAGCAAAAAGAUUAUUAUAUACAAAAACAAAUAUAUAAAUAAAUACAAAUAAAUUAAAAAAAAAAUAAAAUGCAGAGAGAAAUGUUGUGACAUAACAAACAAAAUAAACAAAAAAUAAAAAUUUAAAACAACACACUAAAAAAUACAUACUAAGUUAUAUAAUAAUAAAUUAAUACCUAUAAAAAAAAUAUUAUUAAAAAAAAAUUAUAAAUAAAAAACAAAAAAACAACACAGAAGUGAAUUCGAAUCUUAGUUAUUAUAAAAACCGAUUUAAAAAAAAAAUAUAUGAAUAUAUUAAAAAAAAAAAAAACUAAAAAUCAGAUCUGAUUCUAUAUCGUAUUCGUUAUAUAAAAAAAAAGAAUGUUAAAUAUAUACAUAUAUUUUUUGCAAUAAAAUAGAACAAAAAAUAUAUUUAAAACAAAAAAAAAAAGUGAACAAAAAAUAAAAGAAAAUACGAAAGAUUUAAUAUUUACAUACAAUAAUAUACUUUUUUUGUGGGCUAAGUGACAUUGUAUUUUUACUUAAUUUUGUUUAAACAAAAAAAAAUUAAUUAUUCGUAUCUUCUUCUAUACAAACCAUCCCCCUUCUUUCAGACUUAAUUUCAUUGUUUAAUUCUAUUUCUCUCUCUCUUUCUGUUCUCUGUUUUUGUUUCUAACUCUUCUUAUUUUUUUUUUUUUGUUUAAGAUUGUAUCUUAUGCUUUUGCUAAUUUAAUUUGUAAAGUAUAUAAUUUUAGUUGAAUUAUACGAAUAUUUAUUUGUCUAUUAAAAUUGUGUAGUAAACAUUUAAAAAAAAUUAUCUGUCUAUAAUGAAUUUUUAUUUUAUUUUCAUUCUUUUUUAUAUAUUUCUUUUUUUUGUUUUUAUUUUUUGGCGUAUAGUCAUCGCAAGCACGCGUAUUGUUACUAUAAUUAAAGAAGAAACAAAUAAAAGGCGUUGAAGUAGUAGAAAAAUUGAAAAUGGUAGUUACUUAUAUUUAUACAUUAAAUUAUAAAAAAAACAAUACUGAAACAUAUAUAACUUUAUAUAUAUACAUUACAUAAUUUGUUAUAUAUAUAUAAAUAUAUUGUAUAUUGAGGAAUGCUAUAUAUAUAUAUCUAAUUUUCGUAUAUAAAAAAAAAACAACAACCAACAACUAGAAACAGCAAUAACGUAUAAAUAUGAACAAACAAAAAAAUUUAUACAUAACUGGAGUUAUAUACAGGGUGUCCCAAAAGUCAACGUCGAAACGCAAACGGUUGAUAGGGUAGGUAGUUACAGUUAUCAGAAAAAUAAUUACAAAAAUCGUUGCCAUGUAUUUUCGAAGUUAUAGACAUUCGAACACGAGUCUGGAACAGCCUGCGGAUCGGUUUUUUCUUUUGCUGCCUUUCAAAGAAAAAAAUCCAAAGGGUUUAAGUCAGGUUAACGGACUGUCCAAGAAAUUGCACCAAACCGCCCUAUCCACCUGCCUGGGUAUUCUUCAUCAAGGAAUUGUCUCAUCGGGCGAGCAUGAUGCGCUGGGCAGCCGUCUCCUUGAAACCACAUAUUUCCAGUGGCAGGUGGCACGUCUUCCAAUAAAUUUGGUAAGUGGGUUUGUAAAAACUCAAGUUUUCUGGUUGCUCGAAUGGUCCAAUAAUUUUACCAUUCAGAAUUCCGAUCCAUAUAUUAACUUUGAAGCUAUUUUGCAAUUUGUCUUCCCGCACCAAAUGUGGACCACAGAAUUUUGUGCAAGAAUAGUUUAUCUUCCUAGUACCAGGACCAUUGAAGUAUCGUUCGACAAAAUGCAACUCUGUCAGCGUCGUCUCAGGAUAGGAGACUUUGCACUCGUUGAACAUGGUAUCGAUGGAUAAAGUUCAUUUUUCUUCAAAAUUUGGUGUGAUAUAUUUUAGGAUAUUCCUGUUCUUGUUUGAAUUCUACGUACUGAAGCACUUGGGUUUUGAUCGACUUUGUCCUCGUAGAGCAUGAGAGUCCUGCCUUCACUGUUCACUAUUUUUUAUUUAUUUAUUUGAGCUUAGUACAAGCUAUACCAUAAAAAACUAAUUAACCUAACAAAAACUUAGACUAAUUAAAUUUUUUUUAGUUCUUGCUAUGUGUUGUUUUUGUUGUAUUGAGACCGGGCCCUAAGGCUUACAUUAAGGUUGUUCGGGAAACAAAACAAAAACUAAAUUAAAAACCAAGCUUAAAAAAAAGAGAGAAAAAGGGUUAUGGAUGGAAGAUGGGAAUGAUUAGUGGAGUAGGGUAUUUCGGAGAUUUGUUCUAAGUGACGAUUUACUCAUAUGGAAGUCAAAGGAGUGCAUCGCUUCGUUCGAUUGCCUCAGCAUUCAGGACUUAGGUUCAAAGUGGGCAUAAUUGGUUCGAUGACGGGAAAGGUAAAAUAACGUGGGGAAACGAAGACUUCGGGAAUUUGUGUUUAGGUUAAUUUUUCGUAGAAGAGAAUAUGAGUCAAUAUUUCCUAAGAGCAAUUGAUGGGCAAAGAGUAUGUCGGCUAUUUGGCGACUCUGGGCUAAGGUUUGCAAUUCAAUUAGAUUCAGACGGUUGGUAUGGAAAUCGACCUCUGAGAGUGACUGGAUUUCUUAAGAAAAAUAAUUUUAUUUCCGUUAUUUAUAGAGUAUUCUAAAAAAUGUGAUACCAUUUUGAAAAGAGAAUUGAACACUCCAACUUUAAAGAUAUUUUGCCAAAAUUUUGUAGUACAUUUUUUUAACAUACCGCCUAGAAUUAGGGUCAUGUAAAAUUUUUGAGUACUUAGUUGAGCAAAAAAGCUAUAUUUUCUUUAAAACUAGUGUAGGGGUGUUUAAAUUUUUGAAUGUAAUUGUUAGUAAGGUUAUUUAAGGUCCGUCCCAAAAAAAAUAAUUGAAAGAAGAAAUCAUGGGACUUGAGAGACCAUCACAGGGUCACAAUUUUUUCGAUUUUUAUAACUCCCAAAAUACAUAGAUACGAUGUUUAAAUAUUAUUUUUCUGAUAACUGUCACCACCUACCCCAUCCAUCACCCGUUUUCGUUUCGUCCUUGAUUUUUUGAACACCCUGUAUAUAUUUUACUAUUUCUUUUUUUUUUUUUUUUUUUGAAUCAACACACAAAUUCUCAUUGUAUAAAAUUGGUUCGAGGAUAUAAUGAUUAAAUAUGAUUAGACAAAAAAAAAAAACACAAAAAGCUGCAUCUAUAUAUAUUUCACAGCUUUUUUCAGAGAGAAACAAAAAAAAAAGUACAUAGUUUUUAUUUCUUAAGAAAACAAAAGACAAAAACUCAAAAAAGCAAAGUCGUAUAUAUUAUUAUCGUCGCAUAUUUGUAGCUAGACAAAAAAAAAACUAUAUAUAUAUACAAACUCAAUCUUAUAUAUAUAUACAUUAAAAUACAGAAAAAAUACAAAAAUAAUAGAAAGUCAAAUUCGACUUAACUUACGUUAUGAUAAAAGAAACAUCACAGAAAAGAACAACAGUAGCUAAGAAGCAGAGAAAAUACACAUUGGCUUAUGAAUAUAAUUUGUUUCUAAAUUUUCCUCAAUCCUAUAUACAAAAUCGAUGAGCCAGUGGAUAUAAUAUUGAGCUAAAGCAUAAGGUAAACUGGACAAUAUUCAAAGCUUUGGUUUUAAAAACAUGAUAACUUUGGUAGCUCAAAGUUGUCGAUAGUACAUACAAAAUAUCUCCUGCUAACUUAACGUUGACAGGCUUUUGGUCCAUCAAGGAUGUGUCCUGUGAGACAGGAGUUUUCCAUUGUUCAUGAUUCUAGGGCUUAUACUCCAGCAGUACUUUUGGCCUUGGCCUUUGAAGCCUAGGUUCGAUCUUUGGUUUCAACUCGAACCUAGUGCUGGCUUUCGAAGACUUUUGGCUGUCAAAUUUUUCGUCCUCGCACAUAUUAUUCCUCGAAGGAUUUUUCUUUCGGAAGAGAUCAAUCUUAACUUACUACACUUGGUGCCAUAAAACAGGAUUGGUAGAGUCAAGGUCUGGUAAGGUAUGUAAAUAAUUACUUGUAAGGCAUGUAAAAAAAAAAACUAUAAGGCUUUCAGAUUAAUGAAGUUUGAAGUUAUUUCUUAUACGUAAGCAAAUUGUUAUCAUAGUCAAUGACUUUUUUCCCAAUUGGCUUUAGGAUCCGAAAAGGAAUGCAGCUGCCGAUAUGAAUAAAAGCUAAACCAAGCUGCGAAUAGAAUUUUGACGAGUUGUAUAAGUUUACGUUUUCCUUUCUCUUGGUGCGUGCAUAUAAAUUUUUGUUCAAUGUUAAUAUAUUCGAAAUCCUUGUUCGAAAUAUCGCCCAGUUGAUCGAACAAGUAUUGUCGGAGAAUUUUGACUAGGCUAGGCUGGGAUAUUCACAAAAGAAGUAAUAUGUGUGUGCCAGAUAGCAGUCUUUUUCUUGUAAGAUUUACAAGGCAUAUGAUAAAAUAGUUGAUUUCAUGGCGAGCAAAAGCUCUUCAACAUCGCGUUAAAAUUUGAAUUUGGCUUUCUCAAUGGGGACUUACUGAUAUUGCUGGGAAUUCAAAUUUGUAAAUCGGUUUAGGAAAAAAAUAAGUUAUCAGGAAUUCAAUUCGUAUUGAAAGUUUUCUACGAAUAACGAAGAAAAAACAA